UACCACAAGCGGAAUCUAAAAAAAUUGGAGAGUAGAGAAAAAAAAAGUUAUUUUCUUUUGACAUCACCUUUACACUCAAAUAAAAUCAGCAUUCAAUUUAAAAAUGGGUCGAGGCGGAUUCGGUAAUCGAGGUGGCGGUCGAGGUGGCUUUCGUGGAGGCCGUGGCGGUGGCCGUGGCGGUUUCCAUGGUGCUUCCCAAGGACCUCCCGACGAAGUUGUUGCUAUGGGAACGUUUAUGCAUGCUUGCGAAGGUGAAAUGGUGUGCAAGUCGAUCAACCCCAAGAUCCCUUAUUUCAACGCUCCUAUUUUCUUGGAAAAUAAGGCCCAGAUCGGCAAGGUCGACGAAAUCUUGGGUCCUUUGAACGAGGUUUACUUUACUGUGAAAAUGCAAGAAGGCAUGCAAGCCUCCUCUUUCAAGGCUGACGAUAAAGUAUUCAUUGGCACUGACCGAUUAUUGCCUUUGGAACGCUUCCUGCCAAAGCCCAAGGUUCUCAACCAAGGCGGUAAGGCCACUGGUCUUCAAGGCAGAGUCGAAAAGCGCGGUGGAGGCCGCGGUGGUCGCGGUGGUUUUGGAGGCGGCCGUGGCGGUGCUCCCCGUGGCCGAGGCGGUUUUGGAGGCGGCCGUGGCGGCUUCGGUGGUGACCGUGGAGGCCGUGGCGGUGGCCGUGGCGGUUUCGGUGGUGAUCGUGGCGGCCGUGGCGGCUUCGGUGGUGACCGUGGAGGCCGUGGCGGUGGCCGCGGUGGUUUCGGUGGCGAUCGCGGAGGCCGUGGCCGUGGUGGAUUCGGUGGUGGCCGUGGUGGUCGCGGCGGUUUCGGUCAGCGAUAAAUGUCAUUGCUCUUUCACACAUUUGAUUCUGUAAAUAUACAUGAUUUAACCGAAACGAUUCAUUAAAUGCCUAUCCCUUUCUUUUCCUUUUCAUUGCCGCUGAAGCAUCAUCAUUUUCAUCAAUAGUAUUAAAAAAUAAAACUUGUUUUGUAUGUGUUUUGACCUAUUAUAUC